UUGUCGUUCGCAGAAAAUCCAUCAAAUCAUCAUGGACCAGCCUUGCCUCCGGUGCCCCCCCCUCACCGCCAGCAGCCAUCAGUUACAGCUCUUAACCAAGUUUUGAGCUCCACGCACCACGCUGGCCAGACUCUGAAUUCAACGCGGCAACUCACCCCUCCUACUGGAAGCCCGGCCCCCGUGGCUGGCCAAUCACCAGCCGAGCUGCAGACCACGCCCCCCGAGAGUGUCCCGCUGCAAGACAGCUGGGUGCUAGGUAGCAAUGUGCCUCUGGAGACAAGGCACUUCCUCUUUAAAACAGGUACAGGCACCACCCCCCUCUUUUCCACGGCCACUCCUGGCUACACCAUGGCAACAGGUUCAGUGUACUCCCCUCCCACCAGGCCAUUACCCAGGAAUACCCUGUCCCGCUCUGCCUUUAAGUUCAAGAAAUCCUCAAAGUAUUGCUCAUGGCGGUGUACAGCCCUCGGUGCGGUUGGUCUUUCUGUGCUGCUCUCCGUCCUGCUCUGUUACUGCAUAGCGAUGCACCUGUUUGGUCUAAACUGGCAGCUGCAGGAGAGCGAGACUUAUGGAGCAUUUGAAAAUGGAGGAGGUGGAAGAGAUACAACUCCCAACACUUUUGUGGUGUCCACGGACAACGGCAAGAUGUUUCUCCUGGAGAACAACACCAUAGACACAGGGGAGUUGGAUGUUGGAAGACGAGCCAUACAAGAUGUCCCGCCAGGUGUGUUUUGGAGGUCCCAACUAUAUAUUGACCAACCGCAGUUCUUGAAGUUCAACAUUUCCGUACAAAAAGAUGCUCUGGUUGGGGUGUAUGGACGCAAAGGACUCCCACCAUCACAUACGCAGUAUGACUUUGUGGAGUUGCUGGAUGGUAGUCGCCUCAUCUCCAAAGAGAAACGAGCCCUCAGUGACGUGGACUCGGUGUAUGCGCACCUGGCGGGUUAUCAAGACGAAGAUUCCAGCGGGGGAGUUCGGCACACACGCUCAGUAAAUGUGCUCGAGGCUGUCUUUAUUCAGUACCUGGACACAGGCAUAUGGCAUCUGGCCUUUUACAAUGACGGACGCAACACAGAACAAGUCUCUUACAAUACCGUCAUCAUAGAGUCAAUUAUGGAGUGUCCUCAGAACUGUCAUGGAAAUGGGGACUGUCUCUCAGGAAUAUGCCACUGUUUCCCAGGAUUUCUCGGGCCAGACUGUUCUAGAGCUUCGUGUCCAGUGCUGUGCAGUGGUAAUGGCCAGUACUCGCGCGGCCGCUGUCAGUGCUACAGUGGUUGGAAAGGCACCGAGUGUGACGUCCCAUCCAACCAGUGCAUCGACAUCCACUGUGGAGGACAUGGUAUCUGCAUCAUCGGCGCCUGCAUCUGCAACACCGGUUACAAGGGGGAAAAUUGCGAGGAAGUGGACUGCAUAGACCCUAUUUGUUCAAACCACGGGGUGUGUAUCCAUGGUGAGUGUCACUGUCAGCCAGGCUGGGGCGGAGCCAGCUGCGAGAUUGCCAAGGCCAUGUGUCCAGAUCAGUGUUCAGGCCACGGCACCUACAACGCCGAGACGAGCACCUGUGCCUGCGACCAGAGCUGGACAGGGCCAGACUGCUCUUUAGAGGUGUGCGAGGUUGACUGUGGCAGCCACGGCAUGUGUUACGGCGGCGCCUGUCGCUGCGAGGACGGCUGGACGGGAACCCUGUGCGAUCAGAAGGCCUGCCACCCCCUGUGCAGCAAGAACGGGGUGUGCAAAGACGGGAAGUGUGAGUGUGACCAAGGAUGGACAGGGGAGCACUGCAACAUUGAGGGAUGUCCAGGUCUCUGUAACAACAAUGGACGGUGCACUCUGGAAGCCAGUGGCUGGCACUGCAUCUGUCAGUCAGGAUGGAGAGGGGCGGGGUGUCACGUUGCCAUGGAAACACUUUGCACUGAUGGCAAAGACAAUGAAGGAGAUGGCUUGACUGACUGUAUGGAUCCAGAUUGCUGCCUGCAACCCUCUUGUCAGAGCCAGUUGUAUUGCAAAGGGUCACCUGACCCAAGUGAGGUACUCAGCCAGUCUCCAUCUUCACUGGCCCCACAGCAGGCCGCCAGAUCCUUCCAUCAGCGCAUUCACUUCCUUGUUGGCCCCGAAUCUACUCAUGUCAUUGCAGGAGAAAGUCCAUUCAAUAAAAGCUUGGUUUCCAUAAUUCGAGGCCAGGUGCUGACCUCCGAUGGAACGCCGCUGAUUGGCGUCAAUGUGACGUUUGUCCACUAUCCGGACCAUGGAUAUACCGUGACCCGCCAGGAUGGCAUGUUCGAUCUGUUGGCAAACGGUGGGGCGUCCUUAACUUUGAGCUUUGAGCGUGCCCCAUUCCUCACUCAGUACAGAACUGUAUGGGUGCCAUGGAAUGUCUUCUAUGUGAUGGACACAUUGGUCAUGAAGAAGGAGGAGAAUGACAUUCCAAGCUGUGACCUGAGUGGUUUCAUCAGACCCAGUCCUGUUAUCGUCUCUUCACCUCUGUCAACGUUUUACAGAGGCUCAAUUAAGGAUGGUCCCAUCAUACCCGAAACCCAGGUUUUACAAGAAGAAACCUCAAUACCUGGCAGUGAUCUGAACCUGGUCUACUUGAGCUCUAGGGCUGCAGGAUAUAAACCGGUCCUUAAAGUCUCCAUGACCCAGUCUUCAGUACCUUUUAAUCUGAUGAAGGUUCACUUGAUGGUAGCAGUCGUUGGCCGCCUCUUCCAGAAAUGGUUCCCUGCACAGCCAAAUUUGUCGUACACCUUCAUCUGGGAUAAGACGGAUGCCUAUGGCCAACGGGUUUAUGGGCUAUCAGAGGCAGUUGUGUCAGUGGGAUUUGAGUACGAGUCCUGCCUUGACCUCAUCCUGUGGGAAAAGAGAACAGCUGUCCUGCAAGGCUACGAGAUGGAUGCCUCCAAUAUGGGAGGAUGGGCGCUCGAUAAACAUCACAUCCUAGACGUGCAGAAUGGUAUACUGUACAAGGGCAAUGGGGAGAAUAUUUUCAUCUCGCUGCAGCCGCCUGUCAUCAGCAGCAUCAUGGAGGGGAACAAACUGCUCGCACCCCUAGCUCUGGCCUGUGGAGCAGACGGCAGCAUUUAUGUCGGAGACUUUAACUACAUCAGGAGAAUCUUCCCAUCUGGGAAUGUCACCAGCGUCAUGGAACUGAGAAACAAAGAUUUCAGGCAUAGUAACAACCCAGCUCACCGUUAUUAUCUAGCCACUGACCCUGUAACAGGACAGCUGUAUGUUUCGGACACUAACUCCCGGAGAAUUUACCGACCCAAGAUGCUCAGUGGGUCCCGCGACCUCUCAAGUAAUGCAGAAGUGGUCGCUGGUACGGGUGAACAGUGUCCCCCGUUCGAUGAGGCAAGAUGUGGUGAUGGAAGAAAAGCGACAGAGGCACAGUUACUGGGACCCAAAGGAAUCGCGGUCGACAAGAAUGGGCUGAUCUAUUUUGUGGAUGGAACGAUGAUCCGGAAAGUGGAUCGCAACGGAAUCAUCUCCACGAUGCUGGGGAGUAACGAUUUGACAUCCGCACGGCCUUUGACCUGUGACACCAGCAUGCACAUAAGACAGGUCCGUUUAGAAUGGCCCACAGAUCUGGCCAUCAACCCCAUGGAUAACUCCAUCUUUGUCCUGGACAACAAUGUGGUGCUGCAGAUAACUGAAAAUAGACAGGUUCGUAUUGUGGCGGGUCGCCCCAUGCACUGCCAGGUGCCCGGUAUAGAGUACACCUUGGGUAAAAGAGCGGUGCAAACCAUGUUGGAGGGGGCAACGGCCAUCGCCCUGUCCUACAGUGGUGUCCUCUACAUUGCAGAAUCAGAUGAAAAGAAAAUUCACCGUAUUCGACAGGUUUCAACGGACGGAGAAAUUACCCAUUUAGCUGGAACACUGUCUGAAUGUGACUGCAAGAAUGACGCCAAUUGCGACUGCUAUCAAACAGGAGAUGGCUAUGCUAAAGACGCCCGGCUAAACUGUCCUUCCUCUUUGGUGGUGUCUCCGGAUGGGACACUGUAUGUGGCCGAUCUGGGAAAUAUUCGGAUUCGAGCCAUACGACGCAACCAACCACCUUUUGGCUCUUUGGCUUCAGGUCCCAGCUCUUAUGAAGUGGCAUCUCCGGUUUCUCAAGAACUCUAUGUGUUUGAUUUGAAUGGUACCCACCAGUUCACCAUGUCUCUGGUUACUGGAGACUUUAAGUAUAACUUCAGCUACAGCAAUGAGGAGGACGUCACUGCCGUGACAGAUAGCAGCGGGAAUACUCUUCGUAUCCGUAGAGACACCAACAGGAUGCCUGUGCGUGUGGUUGCUCCUGACAAUCAGGUAAUCUGGCUGACCAUUGGAACUAAUGGAGGUCUAAAGACUCUCACAGCUCAAGGUCAGGAGUUGGUUUUAUUCACGUACCAUGGCAACAGUGGAUUGCUGGCCACAAAGAGCAUCCAGAUUGGCUGGACUACAUUCUAUGACUAUGACAGCGAGGGUCGUCUGACUAAUGUGACCUUCCCCACUGGUGUUGUGACCAAUCUCCAUGGUGACAUGUCAUCAGGAGCCGUGGCAGUGGACAUCGAGACGUCAGGAAGGGAUGAGGAUGUUUCCAUAACAACCAAUUUAUCAUCAAUAGACUCUUUCUAUACUCUGGUGCAAGACCAGCUUCGUAACAGCUACCAAGUUGGUAAUGACCGUUCGCUCAGGGUCAUCUAUGCCAAUGGGAUGGACACACACUACCAAACGGAGCCCCAUAUACUGGCAGGUGCUGCCAAUCCCACUGUUGCCCGACGCAACAUGACCCUGCCUGGAGAAAACGGUCAGAACCUCGUGGAGUGGAGGUUCAGGAAGGAGCAGACACGAGGAAAAGUCACCGUUUUUGGGAGGAAGCUUAGGGUAAACGGACGGAAUUUACUCUCCGUGGAUUAUGACCGCACAAUGCGGACAGAGAAAAUCUAUGAUGACCACAGGAAGUUCUUGCUUAAGAUCAUUUAUGACACCCAAGGCCAUCCAACGCUUUGGGUUCCCAGCAGCAAACUGCUAUCGGUUAACCUGACGUAUUCCAGCACGGGGCAGGUGACAGGCCUCCAGAGGGGUCCAACUACAGAGAAGUGGGAGUAUGACAAUCAAGGAAGAAUCAUUUCUAGGGUCUUUGCUGACGGAAAGAUAUGGAGCUACACUUACCUGGAUAAGUCCAUGGUGCUGCUGCUGCACAGUCAACAUCAGUACAUCUUUGACUACGAUUCGAGGAACCGUCUGUCGGCAGUGACCAUGCCCAGCGUGGCUCGACACACGAUGCAGACCAUCAGAUCCAUGGGAUACUACAGAAACAUGUACAAUCCCCCAGAAAGCAACGCCUCCGUGACCGUGGACUACUCUGAGGAUGGACAGCUCCUCAGGGUUGCACACCUGGGCACAGGCCGUCGGAUACUGUACAAAUAUCGCAGACAGAACAAGCUUGCAGAGAUCCUCUACGACUCCACGCGAGUCAGUUUCACCUACGACGAGACUGCCGGCGUGCUCAAAACCGUCAACUUGCAAAGCGAGGGCUUCAUCUGCUCCAUCCGCUACCGCCAGAUCGGCCCCCUGGUCGAUCGGCAAAUAUUCCGCUUCAGCGAAGACGGAAUGGUGAACGCGCGCUUCGACUACACCUACGACAACAGCUUCAGGGUCACCAGCAUGCAGGCGGUAAUCAACGAGACGCCUUUGCCAAUCGAUCUCUAUCAGUUCGACGACAUAUCCGGAAAAGUGGAACAGUUUGGGAAAUUUGGCGUCAUCUACUACGAUAUUAAUCAGAUUAUAUCAACGGCCGUGAUGACGUACACGAAACACUUUGACCAGCAUGGCCGCAUCAAGGAGAUCCAGUAUGAGAUUUUUAGGUCUCUGAUGUACUGGAUCACCAUUCAGUACGACAACAUGGGCAGGGUCACCAGGCGCGAGAUCAAGAUUGGACCGUUUGCCAACACGACCAAAUACGGUUACGAGUACGACGUCGACGGGCAAUUGCAGACAGUCUACCUGAACGAGAAACUGAUGUGGCGAUAUAAUUACGACCUGAAUGGAAACCUCCACCUGCUGAAUCCAGGGAACAGUGGUCGGUUAACCCCACUACGUUACGAUCUGAGGGACAGAAUCACCCGUUUGGGAGAUGUUCAGUACAGGCUGGAUGAAGACGGAUUUUUGCGACAGAGGGGAGCUGAGAUAUUUGAAUACAACUCCAAAGGUCUUUUAACGCGUGUCUAUAGCAAAGCAGCCAGCUGGACGAUCCAGUACCGUUACGAUGGCCUCGGCCGACGUGUGGCGUCAAGAAACAGUCUGGGCCAACACCUUCAAUUCUUCUACUCCGACCUGAACUACCCCACGAGGAUCACCCACGUCUAUAACCACUCCAGCUCCGAGAUCACAUCUUUUUACUACGACCUGCAGGGCCAAGUAUUUGCAAUGGAAAUAAGUAGUGGAGAAGAGUUUUACAUUGCCUGUGAUAACACUGGAACUCCACUGGCUGUCUUCAGUAACAAUGGACUACUGCUUAAACAGGUUCAGUAUACGGCAUAUGGUGAGGUUUACUUCGACUCGAACCCGGACUUUGUGUUAGUUAUUGGUUUCCAUGGAGGUCUUUACGAUCCUCUAACAAGGCUGCUUCACUUUGGAGACAGAGAUUACGACAUCCCUGCGGGAAGAUGGACUACUCCCGACAUUGGCACAUGGACCCGUGUUGGUAAAGAACCUCGGCCGUUUAACUUGUACAUGUUCCAAGGCAACGACCCGAUCAGCAAGAUUCAUCAGGUCAAAGAGUAUGUCACAGACGUCAACAUCUGGUUGGUCACGUUCGGCUUUCACCUUCACAACGCAAUCCCAGGAUUCCCCAUUCCUAAAUUUGACCUGACACAACCAUCACUGGAGAUGCAAAAGAGCCAGAUAUGGGAUGACCUGCCUUCCAUCUCGGGUGUCCAGCAAGAGGUGACUCGUCAGUCGGGGGCUUUCUUGUCGUUUGAACGCAUGCCAGAGAUCCAGCUCAGCCGAAAACAUUCCGACCACGAGAAGCCCUGGCUGUGGUUCGCCACCGCCCGGUCUCUGAUCGGAAAGGGCGUCAUGUUCGCCGUGGUCCAGGGGCGCGUGGUGACCAACGCCCUGAACAUCGCCAACGAGGACUGCAUCAAAGUGGCCGGGGUCCUGAACAACGCCUUUUACCUGGAGGACCUCCACUUCACCGUGGAGGGCCGAGACACGCACUACUUCAUCAAGACCAGCCUGCCGGAGAACGACCUGAGCGCGCUGCGGCUCACGUCGGGCCGGAAGUCGCUGGAGAACGGCGUCAACGUCACCGUGUCCCAGUCCACGACGGUGAUGAACGGGAGGACGCGGCGGUUCGCCGACGUCGAGCUGCAGCACGGCGCCCUGGCGCUGCACGUGCGCUACGGCACCACGCUCGACGAGGAGAAGGCGCGCGUGCUGGAGCACGCGAGGCAGCGCGCGCUGGCGGGCGCCUGGGCCCGGGAGCAGCAGCGGGUCCGGGACGGGGAGGAGGGAGCGCGGCUGUGGACCGAAGGGGAGAAGAGGCAGCUGCUGAGCGGCGGGAAGGUCCUGGGCUACGACGGCUACUACGUCCUGUCCGUGGAGCAGUACCCCGAACUGGCCGACAGCGCCAACAACAUCCAGUUCCUACGGCAGAGCGAGAUAGGGAGGAGGUAA